AUGCGGCUGCACCUGCUACUCUGCGCGCUGCUGGCGCCCGCGCCCCUCGCCCCCGCGGCCUCUGCCCUGCGGAACCCGGGCCUGUGGCCCCUGCCCCUGUCGGUGCAUCUGUCGCCUCACCUGCUGCACCUGUCGCCGGAAACCUUCCGCAUCAGCCACCAUCCCGCCUCCACCUUGGGUCCCUUCUGCACGCUCCUGCAGAAGGCGUUUCUGCGGUACCACGGCUAUAUUUUCGGUGCCCACAAGACGCGUCAUCGGUCUCCCAGACUCAACAAACAUGGGCAGCUGCAGCAGCUCACGGCCUUGGUUGUCCAAGACUCAGAGUGUGAUGCUUUCCCCAGCAUCUCUUCAGAUGAGUCCUAUGCUUUAAAUGUGUCAGGAUCAGUGGCUGUCCUUAAGGCCAACGAAGUCUGGGGAGUGCUGAGAGGUUUAGAGACCUUUAGCCAAUUGAUUUAUGAAGACUCUGAUCGAAAAUUCACCAUUAAUGAAGCCUGCAUUACUGAUUCUCCGAGGUUUCCUCACCGAGGAAUUUUAAUUGACACAGCCAGACAUUACCUGCCAGUUAAGACUAUUUUAAAAACGCUGGACGCCAUGGCCAUGAACAAGUUCAACGUGCUACACUGGCACAUAGUGGAUGACCAGGCGUUCCCAUACCAGAGUGCCACGUUUCCGCAGUUAAGCAAAAAGGGAAGCUAUACUCUGACUCAUGUGUAUAGACCAAAGGAUGUCCGUGAGGUGAUUGAAUUUGCCCGGCGCCGAGGGAUCCGAGUCCUGCCAGAGUUUGAUACCCCUGGACACACACAGUCUUGGGGUAAAGGUCAGAAGAACCUUUUGACUGUGUGUGACGCUAAAGAGAAGUUUUCGACAGUGUAUGGACCUAUCAACCCUGCUCUGAAUUCGACUUACACCUUCCUGUCCAGACUUUUCGCAGAAAUCAGUCGAGUGUUUCCAGAUGAGUUCAUUCACUUGGGAGGAGAUGAAGUGGACUUGCUCUGUUGGAAGUCCAAUGCAGAAAUCCAAAAGUUCAUGAAGCAGAAUAAACGUUUCAAAGAUGUUAGAGAACUAGAAUCCUUCUACAUUCAAAAGGUUUUGAAUAUUAUUUCCACUCUAAAGAAGAGGCCCAUCAUCUGGCAAGAGGCUUUUGAUGAUCAUGCGAAGCUUCAUCCUGACACAGUAGUUCAAGUAUGGAUCAAUAGGGAUUACCACUUAGAACAAGCCAGGGUCACGGCAGCCGGCUACCCUGUGCUCCUCUCCGCCCCCUGGUAUUUGGACUACAUCAACUCCGGGGAGGACUGGAGGGCGUACUAUGCCGUGGAACCUCUUAAUUUUCCUGGUUCUGAGAGGCAGAAACAACUUGUCCUCGGAGGAGAAGCUUGUCUGUGGGGAGAGUUUGUGGACGCCACCAACCUCAUGCCGAGACUGUGGCCUCGGGCGAGUGCAGUUGGGGAGAGACUCUGGAGCAACAAAGAGGUCAGCUCCACCAAGGAAGCCUACAACAGACUGACAGUUCACCGCUGCAGGAUGGUCAGGCGAGGCAUAGCUGCGCAACCUCUUUUUACUGGAUACUGUGAUCAUGAGUACAACAUAGAAAAAUGAGCCAAGACAAGAGGAAACACUGGAAAAGGAGAGGAGGGAGGAGGAGAAGGGAAAGAAGGAAGAGACGAAGG